AUGCCAUGCCAAGCAUCUCUAUACCCACAGCAUGCCCUGACCACCCAGGAUACAAGCCGUGUUGUCAAGCAUUUUGUCGACUCGACCAGCAACAGCGACAUUCUCGUCUACGACGACACCGAACGGGUCUCCUACAUGAGCAGCAGCACCAAGAAGGUUCGAGAGAAUCUCUACAAGUCAUGGGGCAUGGGCGGAACUACUGAUUGGGCUGUUGAUUUGCAGACAUAUCACGACGUUCCCAAGCCCGCGAAGAGCUGGGCCCUGUUCAAGGAAACUGUCAGCCAAGGGAAGAAUCCCAAGGAAGAUUUCACUCAAACCGGCAACUGGACAGACUAUUACUGCACAGACCCUUUCGUCAGUCGCUCAAAGGAGUACACCAUACUCGAGCGGUGGAGAGGGCUGCAAGCUGAUGAUGCAUGGAAAGAUGUCAUCAGAAUCUACAGGGACACGGACAAAGACGGUGGCCUCAAAUUCUCAGAUUCGGUUGCCCAGACUCUCAAUACUGGAAAUGGUGUGGACUGCGGAUCGAAAUCGGGGCGGGGCUGCAGCAACCCAAGCACCUGCUUAAAUGGAAUGGACGCGGAAGAUUCCGGACCUGCUGCAGAGAUGAUCUGGGAUUCGUUUGUCUAUCUCCAUGAGUUGUUUGUGGCCUUUGAUCGUACGCUGUUUCAGGCAGCGACUAUCAUCAGCUUCUCCCUCGACGACUUUGGGAACAAGUUUGCUCCAAUCCCUGAGGAGGAGGACAACACAUGGCUUCUGGUUCUAAUCGAUCUUGUCACUAUCGGAACCGCCACCGCUGCUGGGCCCUUUUUCAACUCGUUCCUCAAGAGGCUCCCAUACUUUGCCGCCAACGCCGCACGACAAUAUCAAGGAUACAACCAUGACGCUGAUUGGCCAGAUCCUAAAUGGACACCGGAGAAGCAGGCCUCAUUUAACAGUUAUAUGGGCCAGACAAUCAAAUAUUGGUCCGAGGCCAACGUUAAGUCACUACGCUGGCUUUUCGACGGUUCAGAUAAGGCAAUUGAUGCACUAUGGAACCUCAUCUCUGACGGGAAGCUGCUCGGGACCACCUUGGGUAGUGGGGAAAGCUUCCAAGAGCAGGAAGAGGAUCUCCAAGCCAACAUUGAGAAGUCCUUCUACGGGCUCAACAUCCCUACCCUCUGGCGACUUUCCAAGACGUAUGCUUUUGUUCUCGACUCAGGUUACAACUGCAACGAGGAAUACCCUGUCAAAGACUAUCUCGACGAGGACACCAUGGACGCCACCAGCGUGUGCUACGAAGGGAGACGUUACUAUUUGGUCUAUCCCAAGGGUGACUCUGAAGAAUGCUCUUGUUCCUACAUCCAUACCCACUGUGAGAGGACUUGUAAGAACAACAAGUUCAGUGCGCCGCCCGGCCUGGGCUCGUUGGACGGCACUUUGUUUGGAGGCAUCACAAAAGAGGACCUGAUCAAAGGAUCCGUCCGCACUUACAACAAGAAUGGGAAAAAGAACGUCGAGACCGACUGGGACCCUAGCAGCGAUGACAGUACCUUCCGGGACCUUAUUGAUGUCGACAUCACGACCCCAGGCCUCGUGCGUCUCCCUGUAUGUAGCCCUGAGCGCGCAUUUCAAUCAUGGGAUACGACCUCCAAGGGCUCCAGCCCCUCCUACCCGUGCGACAUGCCCCCUGGCAAGAACGAGUGCGGAGAUUCAACCUUUGUGAACGAGACGAGCGACAAGUCUCCAUUGGUGAAGGAUUGCGAGUCCAUCAUCAAGAACAUUGAAGGAGACGGCGGCACCAAGUGGACGACGCAAGUCGUGGGCAAGAACCAGCGCAAGAUUGCGGCUGCCGGCACCUGUACGUUUGGAGUCGAAGCUACCAAGGUUGAUGGAAACGUGAAUUUUGCGUUUGGCGGACAGGACCUCAUCGACAUCAUCAACACGUCCGUUGAGAAGUAUAGCAAGGAUGGCAAGAUCGGUGCUACGGGUGAUUUGCACUGCAGCGGCAAUGUGAAGCAACAGCCUGUUCACUGGGCCAUCUAUCAUACCUGA